AUGUUCGCCAGUCGAUUGUUGCGGUCGCACCUGAAGCGGCGGUGUCGCGGCUACGGCCAGUCGCCGGCUUUAAAGAACGACGUGUUGGAUAGAAUCGUGUAUAAUUCAGUGUUGCAGAGUAAAAAGCCUGUGAAACACUGGUACAACGUUCGGGAGAGGCUCAAAAAACAAAGGUUAGAAGAGAUCAAGUGUGACGUCGAGCCCGUGUCAUUGCAAUACUUGGAUGGGUAUACUGGAGCAGACGAAACCGCAGAACACAGAGCGGCAAAAGUGCCUAUGGACAGACCGCACAAUUUUCCGUACAGUAUUGUUAGUAAAAUUGUCGGCGACAAGCAUGUCAGCAAACAGACCGAAGACACUGAAGACAAUGAAAUAAGCUACGACUAUGAGCUGAACGAGUUGAUGACAAAGAAUUGGAUGAGCGAUUAUGAGUGUUACGAAGAGAGAAAUCUAGAGGAGGAAAACAGUAUUCCUUCAUGGACUUCGGAGUACGGUACACCUGAUCCAUCCAUACUAGUUAGCAACGUACCGUGUGGUGGCUGUGGAGCGUUGUUACAUUGUCAGAACUCAUCAAUACCUGGCUACUUGCCCAGCGAGUUGUUUUGUCACUGUGGACCUGAAGAUCUCCGAACCAUGGUAUGCCAAAGAUGCCAUUUCAUACAGAAAUAUAACACAGCUCUAGCUGUACAAGUCGACCCUGUUGAAUACCCAAAGCUAUUGUAUCCUAUCAAAAAGAAACGAGCAUUAAUUAUUCUUAUGGUGGAUUUGACAGAUUUUCCUUGCAGUAUUUGGCCAAAUUUAAUGGAGUGUAUUGGUAUUAAUAAGCCAGUAGUUGUUGUAGGUAAUAAAUUAGAUUUGUUACCUGGUGAUUUCCCUGGAUGGGUUGAACAUGCAAAGAAAUCAUUGGUUCAAAGCAUUCCGAAAGAUAUUAAUAUUAAACACGUAACUGUCGUUAGUGCAAAAACAGGAUUUGGCAUUGAAGAAUUAAUCAAUAAAUUACAUUCACUUUGGCAAACUAAAGGCGAUGUUUAUUUGAUCGGGUGUACUAAUGUGGGAAAAUCAACAAUGUUUAAUACCUUGUUGCAAUCAGAUUAUUGUAAAGUAAAAGCUGUAGAUUUGGUACAACGAGCAACUACGUCACCCUGGCCUGGCACAACACUGAAUCUACUUAAGUUUCCAAUAAUGCGACCAUCUAAUUGGAGAUUGUACAUGAGGACUCAACGUCUUCAAUAUGAAAGAAAAGAAAGAAUUUUAGAACAACAAUUAGAUGCAGACCAAAGACGAUCAUUAAAAUUGAAAAUUAAUGAUUUACCUUCAAUUAUUGGUCAAAUUGGUCUUACUUUUCAUAAACAAUCAAGUGUUGGUGAUAUUGUAAAACAAAAUGAAACUGAUCCAUUUACUACCAACGCAGUUAAAGUUAAUACAAACCGUGUAACCAGUAGCACUUUGGGUUUUGACGAAAAUGAACCACAAUUCAAAAACAGUAAAUUUAUGUACGAUACACCAGGUGUUGUUCAUCCAGAUCAAUCUAUUAAUUUACUGACUACAGAAGAGCUAAUGAUGACUCUGCCAACUACGGUUAUGAAACCAAGAACAUUCAGCUUAAGACCUCUGCAAUCACUGUUUGUCGGUGGUCUUGGUAGAAUUGACUGUUUGAAAACAGGAGCUAAAUUUGUUCGUUUUACCGUCUUCAGUGCUCAUACACUUCCAAUCACUGUUUGCAAUACAGAGGACGCUGAUGAGGUGUAUGAGAAACUUUUAGGUACACAUUUAUUAGCAGUUCCAUGUGGUAGUAUUGAAAGACUGUCCAAGUGGCCAGGGCUAAGUAGUUACAAGAACCCAAUUCAAUUGACUGGUAUAAAUGAAAAAACUAGUUGUGCCGAUAUUGUUUUGUCAUCUGCAGGAUGGGUUGCCGUGACUCCAUAUGAAAAUGAUGUAUGUUAUGUACAAGCUUGGACACCUGAAAGUCGAGGCAUUUAUAUUCGUACGCCACCAUUAUUAAGGUAUGCAAUUAAUCAUCGAGGACCAAGAAUAAAAUUUACACCAACGUAUCAUGCUAAGAAGGAGUAA